GUAUGAUACAACCCUAAUAUUCGGUAUGUUUGGUUUCUUGUUUUUUGAGAAGGAACAAUUUGGACUGAAGCAUGAAGGUUGACAUUGGACCAUUAUUUUUAUGGGUCAUAUUUGUAAUUUUCUUGUGCAACAAUUAUUUAUUUUAAAUUAAAAUAAUCAAUAAUGAAUUAAAUUAAAGUAUAAUGCAUAACUCCAGUUAACGAAAACCUGGUGCUGGUGGCUCCUGUUUGUUUGUUUGUUGAUUUAAAAAUCAUUGAAGAGAUUGCUUGUUUCUUCUCUCUCGUGAAUAAGGGACACUUGCGAGCAAAUGAGAGACGAGUAAUAGGAGUAGACAAAUGGUAUUGUUCGAUAAAUAAAAGAUGGCCCAUCUUUUGUAUGGUUCAAAGUGCAGAACUCUACCUGGUAAUUAGUGGCAGAAGGAGGAAAAUAUGGUUAUCACUAGCAGAGAUGAAGUUGCAGCCACGCAUAAGCCGGGGUAUGAUAGAGCAAGCGAGUUGAAGGCUUUUGAUAACACAAAAGUCGGUGUUAAAGGACUAGUGGAUGCUGGGGUUACUGAGAUUCCUCGUAUAUUCCAUCACCCACCGGAAAGCUUUGAAAAGGCCUCAGUAUCUGAUGACACCCAGGUCAGGACUAUUCCUGUCAUAGACCUCCAAGGCAUCAUCGACAACGAUGUCGCAAAACGCAAGGAGAUUGUUGAAAGAGUUGGAGUUGCAUCAGAGACAUGGGGUUUCUUUCAGGUGGUAAGUCAUGGGAUUCCUGUGAGUGUUCUGGAGGAGAUGGAGGCGGGUGUGCGUAGGUUUUAUGAACAAGAUACAGAGAUUAAGAAAGAAUUUUAUACCCGUGACCCCAUGAGACCGGUUGUGUACAACACCAACUUUGAUCUGUAUGGUGCCCCGGCCACCAAUUGGAGGGAUACUUUUCUUUGUCAAAUGGCUCCUAAUCCACCCAAGUCAGAAGAUCUUCCAGCCGCAUGCAGAGACAUACUGGAAGAGUACUCGAGGCAAGUGAUGAAGUUGGGGAUUUUACUGUUUGAGCUAUUAUCGGAGGCUCUUGGGCUUAACCCAAACCACCUAAAUGAUAUUGAUUGCACUGAGGGGCUUGCACUUCUGUGCCAUUGCUAUCCGGCUUGCCCACAACCAGAGUUAACAUUGGGCGCAAGCAAGCACUCUGAUAAUGACUUCCUCAGUGUGCUUCUACAAGACCAUAUUGGUGGCUUCCAAAUUUUUCAUCAGGACAAGUGGAUUGACGUCCCCCCCGUGCCAGGGGCUCUUGUGAUCAACAUUGGUGAUCUUCUACAGCUUAUAACAAACGAUAGGUUCAAAAGCGUUGAACAUAGAGUAUUGGCGAACCGGGUAGGUCCAAGAGUGUCAGUGGCAAGCUUUUUUUUCACAGGUCUUCGGCCAACCACAAGAAUUUAUGGACCUAUCAAGGAGUUAUUAUCAGAAGACAAUCCUCCAAAGUAUAGGGAAACUACAGUGCAAGAGUACUCUGCAUAUUACAGGGGAAAGGGCCUUGAUGGGACUUCUGCGCUUACGCAUUUCAGGCUUUGAACUCAGAUAUAUAAUAGAAAAGUAAUGUUUUAUGUAAUUGUGAAGUGUGCAGUAAUAUGAAUAAACAUUACAAAUAGAAUUCGGGUCUCUUAGCUGAUCUCUUUUUCCCCACACCAUGAUGCAAAGCACGUUAGAACCAUUUAAGUAAUUUAUCAGAAAUUCAUGAUCAAACUAGAUAUGUCUGCUGAAUAAUAUAUAUAUAUAUAUAGUUUGUUAUGUACAA